CGCUUAUCGCCUUUGUUGCCGUGUGGCAGCUGCUGACCUAACCUAAACAUCUGCAGAUUAUUCUGCCUAUUUCAACAUUGUGUUAAGUCGUUCACCCCGCCGACUGGCUGGCUGGCUAGUUGGUUGGCUCGCUGAAAUGAUUUGAUGGUUUUUACACCCAUCUCCACGCUUUUCCUGUCCCAUCUAGGUCCGGUCCGUCCUUCAGACUUCGGGUCUUUUUUUUUUUCUUUCCCUCCCUCUCCCCCUCACCAUUCCCCAUCUCUGUCGUUGAAGAUGCCCCCCAAAGACCUACUUACGGACGAUUACGUCGCAGAGCUUCUAGCCAAAGAAGCCAACGAUUGCUCGCUGAAGUACUCUUCCAUGGGCCUCGACGCGUUCGGGUCCACCAAACGCCCUGCAAAUCAGCCCAAGCCCAACACUAGGUUCCUCAACAAUAUAAUCCGCGACACCAACAGCCACAAUCGUGCGCUCCUGGCUAAAGAAAACGCCGAGUCGCAAGCAAAACUACGCGACCUUGAGCAUGCGGAGGAGCAGAAGCGUCGGGAGGAGGAGCGCAAGUUACGAAAGUCUAAGCCGGGGCCCCGCGACACCCGAAAGCGCAUGCUGGGCGACAUCGCCGCUAUAAUUGGCGGGCCAUCUAAGAAACGCAAGACUGUGAAGGCGGACGAGUCUGCCGGCAAUGCCUCGGAUUCUGCUGGGCCCGAUGUUGAGGGAAGCUCUCGCCGGCGACGAAAGACUUCCGCACCUGAGAGCCCCGAUGUCAAGAAGAGGAAGACUGGCCAUAAGAGUCGCCCAGCAGAGACGAGCGGAGCACGUCGACAGACAUCUCACCGAGAACAGGGGCGCGAGGAGAGCGGUGUCGUGCCCGAAUCCCGAAGUCGCAAGCACCGGGACCGCUCGUCUCGCCGCAAAGGCGACUCUUACGACAACAAACAGCAAUCAAAACACUCCAAAAGCAACCGACAUAAAUCCACUUCAUCCACGGAAGCAUCAGACUCGGACCCUCUAGAUGCUGUCAUUGGGCCUAUGCCAGCAAUUAAGUCUACUAUUAAACGACGAGGUCGUGGUGUUAACUCUACCACGUCUGGCAUAGACAACCGCUUCGCCCCCGAUUACGACCCUAAAAAGGAUACCAUACCCGAUCUAGGAAACGGAGACGAUUGGGAUGACGCAGCGGAAGUGUUCCGUGACCAUCAGAAAUGGAAGAAGCAAGGGGCAGAAAGACUGCGCUCUGCCGGCUUCACCGAGGCACAGAUCGACAAAUGGAAGCAGAGUGGUCCAAAGGACGAAGCGGAGGUCCGAUGGAACAAGCCCGGAGGGUUGAGGGAGUGGGAUCGCGGUAAAGUUGUCAACAAAGACGGGUCCGUAUCCUUGAAGGCCCAAUGGAAGAAGAAGUAAGCCCAGUUGAAAAAUUCCGGGGCCGCGUAGCGUCUUUACGACGAAAAGCAUCGAAACGGGUAGCCCUCAUUUUUCUUGCAGCAUUCAGAGAUCCCCUCAUCGGACGUUGGGUCGAAUUAUAUUACACAGCAUGGCACGACACACCACGGCAUGGCGUUGGCGGAAAGGAAGAUCUUAAGUAGAUGCAUUCGAGGGCCCGUCCUCUGUCGAAUCGCAUAUUCGAUCGAACAAGGCAGUGGACGUUGCAAAUUGACUACAACGUCCGCAGGGAAGUAGUAGUGGGGAUGCAGAAUCAUACGGAAUAGAAAGCUCAAGACCAAAGAUUUGUUGCGACUUGAGCAUUUCAUCACCAAGACAAAGAGGACGUGCCUAUUACCCGUUGUUAGGGGACCAAAUCGGGAACCAGAUUCAACGGCGCCACCAAAUCAAAGUUGACGACGACCGAAGACGGCGGUGAGGCUGGCAUAAGGUUCCCGUGAUUUGGUGCUUUGGGCACGGGACGGGACAGGAGGCGUACGUAGCAGACAGGAUACUCAGCACAUUAUAGCCUGCCCGGGCGGGCCUUUGCCGCAGCGGAUCGUCUGCCUGGGGGACUACGACACCUACGAUGUCUGUACCGUAUCUUGGGGGCUAGGAGGUAGGGGGUUGAUAAUAUUGAAGGCCCUAGCUGGAUUCCGCAAA